ACUCCUCACUGGCGGUGACCGCACUCCAACCUCACCCGUAUAUAUUUCCAAGAUAACGUCCGUUUCGAGCACGAAACGCCUUUGGAGCGCGCCACCGCGGCAAUCGUCAUCGCCGUAGAAACCCUAAUCCUAGUUUACCGAGCAAUGGCGCCUCUCGCUGCCUCCGGGAAUCUCUCCGCCGUCUUCUCCCUCCCCCCCACCGCUGUUGCCAUCAGUCGCCAUUCGUCCCCCUCCAAAGUCGCCGUUUUCUCCAGGAAUCCAAUCGUUUCGGCUGCAGCGGCGGGAGGGAAGGCGGCAUCUUCCACGAGUUGGGCGCCGGGUAGUUGGAAGUCGAAGCGGGCGCUCCAGAUCCCAGCGUACACGAAUCAGGAGGAGCUGGAGUCGGUCCUCCGGAGCUUGGAGACGUACCCUCCGCUGGUGUUCGCAGGGGAGGCGAGGAGGCUGGAGGAGAGGCUCGCGGAGGCUGCGGUCGGGAAGGCCUUCUUGCUUCAAGGGGGAGACUGCGCCGAGAGCUUCAAGGAGUUUAACGCGAACAAUAUAAGGGACACUUUUCGCGUUCUGUUGCAGAUGGGGGUGGUACUGACCUUUGGAGGACAGAUGCCCAUCAUCAAGGUUGGGCGGAUGGCUGGUCAAUUUGCGAAGCCCAGAUCUGAACCAUUUGAAACAAAAGAUGGUGUAAAACUUCCUAGUUAUCAGGGCGACAAUAUCAAUAGUGAUAUCUUUGACGAAAAAUCUCGAGAGCCAGAUCCAAAAAGGUUGCUUAAAGCUUAUAGCCAAUCAGCUGGAACUCUGAAUCUCCUUAGAGCAUUUGCUACUGGUGGUUAUGCAUCGAUUCAGAGAGUCACACAGUGGAACCUUGAUUUUGUAGAGCACAGUGAGCAAGGAGACAGAUAUAUGGAGCUUGCUCAGAGGGUUGAUGAUGCUAUUGGAUUUAUGGUUGCUGCUGGUCUGACUGCUAAUCAUCCAAUAAUGGCCACAACUGAGUUCUGGACAUCUCAUGAAUGCCUUCACCUACCGUAUGAGCAGGCAUUGACUCGUGAAGAUUCAACAUCUGGGCAAUACUAUGAUUGUUCGGCCCACAUGCUUUGGGUUGGAGAAAGGACACGGCAGCUAGAUGGUGCGCAUGUUGAAUUUCUCCGUGGAAUUGCUAAUCCUCUGGGUAUAAAGGUAAGCGAUAAAAUGGAUCCAUCUGAGCUUGUCAAACUGUGUGAGAUUUUGAACCAUCACAACAAGCCUGGAAGGCUAACCAUAAUCACAAGAAUGGGAGCUGAGAGCAUGCGCGUCAAGCUUCCUCAUCUAAUUAGAGCUGUGCGUCAAGCUGGUCUGAUAGUUACUUGGGUGAGCGAUCCAAUGCAUGGAAACACAGUGAAAGCUCCAUGUGGCCUGAAGACUCGUUCAUUCGAUGCAAUCAGAUCUGAGCUAAGGGCCUUCUUUGAUGUUCAUGAACAAGAGGGUAGCCACCCAGGGGGAGUGCACUUGGAGAUGACCGGUCAGAAUGUUACAGAGUGCAUCGGAGGAUCAAAGGCAGUUACUUAUGAUGACUUGAGUUCUCGGUACCACACGCAUUGUGAUCCCAGACUCAACGCUUCACAGUCCCUGGAACUGGCUUUCGCCAUUGCUGAAAGGCUGAGGAAAAGAAGGAUCAGCUCAUGGGGCAAGCGUGUUUUCGAGCAGAAUCCGCAAGCUGCUGUUGCAUGAGAAUGCAUUUUCGACCACUAUUUGGUAUAUUUCUAUGUUCUGCUGCAAUUUUGUAUCACAAGAUGGAUCCAUCCAUCUCUUUACGGAAUUGUCUACCUUUCUUAUUGUAAUUAGUCAGGGAAAUUUCACUUUUGGAAAGUUAUAGAUAGAUCAAAAUGGACUGAUACAUAUUAAUAUGUAUAUCUUUGGUUGUGUUUUAUUAAUUAAGCUUGGCAUCAGGUCUA